GGGCGUGUGCGUCCGGAAGUUGGCUUGGUUGAGGAGGAGUCAGCGUCUUACACAAGAGCAGGAGCGGCCGGCAGUUAUUUGUAUUUUUUGCGAUUUGCUAAGGGGGGGAAUAUCAGGUUAUAAUAUUCUUGUUAACGGCGAGCAGUUUUUACUCACGCAGGAAGGCUGUCCUACAAGAUGAAGCCUAACCUGUAAAAGAGAGAGUACAUCUGAUUCUCCUAUUGCAAUGUCGCAAAAUAAUAAAGAAUCUGUAGUUAUGGCUGGGACCCUAGCCUCUAAAUCUUUCAAUCACAAUGGAGUGUUGCAGACGGUUAUUAAGCAAGAAGUUGUAGAGAGUUCCAAAAGUCAGCCAUCUCACAAGCAAUCUGACAGAAAUGUAGCUGGAGCUGGUAAUACUGGGGAAGAAGAACAACGUGUAGUGAAAAAGCGGGGGUGGCCAAAAGGAAAGAAAAGGAAGAAGGUUUUGCCCAAUGGUCCGAAAGCACCAGUAACUGGGUAUGUCCGGUUUCUCAAUGAGCGUCGAGAGCAAAUUCGUAUGCAACACCCAGACCUGCCAUUCCCAGAAAUCACCCGCAUGCUCGGGAAUGAAUGGAGCAAGCUUCCUGUUUUGGAAAAACAGCGUUACCUGGAUGAAGCAGAAAAAGACAAGCAACAAUAUCUGAAAGAACUUAAAGAAUUUCAGCAAACUGAGGCAUAUAAAAUGAGUGCACAGAAAAUCCAGGAGAAGAAACUAAAGAAAGAAGAAUUGUGGUCAGGUGUUAGUGGACCAGUCCCAAAGAUCACUGAUGAUGCACCAGACAGGGUUUCCAUGUUUGAGACCCCAAUUUUUACGGAAGAGUUCCUUGACCAGACCAAAGUAACCAUGAGGGGUAUCCAUAACUCAUUAUCAAAGGCAGAAAUCCCUAAUCGAGCACGUGAAUCAGAAUUACGAAAGUUAAGAAAGUCAAAUGUAGAGUUUGAAGAGCAAAAUAUAAUCUUGCAAAAACACAUAGAGAGUAUGAAUAAUGCCAAAGAGAAAUUGGAGCAGGAAUUGGCACUGGAAGAGAGAGAAACGUUGACAUUACAGCAACAGUUACAGGCUGUACGACAGGCCCUGACUGCCAGCUUUGCUUCUAUUCCCAUUCCAGGCACGGGAGAAACACCGACCGAAGGAACACUUGAUACAUACAUGGCCAAACUUCACAAUGUCAUCGAGAGCAGCCCCUUGGAAUAUGAAAAACUAGUUGGAAGGGUGCAAGAGAUCAUCAGUCAGUUAGAUAGUGAUAAAUUAUGAACAGAGGAAGAAACCUUCCAGAAUGACCAUAUCAUUGGUAUUCGAUCAGUUACAGUGUCGAAUUUGUGGAACUUGAGAAAAUCCUUGGGGAAAUAAUGCAAAUUGUUAUCUUUUUAAACUUUGAUUAUUUCACACAUUUAGUGAUCCAAUCUUGAUUUCUUCUAGAAUAUCAGUGAUUUUUAAUAUUGUUUUGUUGCAUAUGGAUGCUAUGGUGUUUGAAGUCUUUCAGUGUAUGAUAUACAGUGUACGUGAAUUAUGUGCAAAUGGAGAAGCCUUUGGGCAUUCAUGACUAAUGGUUUGGAUUGUAUUGUUUUUAUGAUUUUUUUCAGUGUUUUUUUUAACAAUCAAAACCACAAGCAUUUUUUUUACUAAACACAGGUACUACUAUAGAUCUUGUAGCAUUGAGACACUAUUUUACACAAUCUGUUAUCCCCAUGUUGCAAGAAUGCUAGAAAAUCGUCUUUAAUUUUGCAACAUGUUCUGGAGGAAAGUGAAAAUAAGAAUCUAAGCUUUUUGGGGCAAGAAAAUGGAGUUCCUGUGGCACUUUUCUCAAAAAUACAUGGCAGUUUAGUAAGAGAGGGCAAUUGCGUCAGUAUUUAUUUAAGGUUCUACCAUAGAAUCUUCCAUUUGGUACAAAAUUGAUGCAGUUAUCCUUAAAUUGCAGUUGUCUACAGUUUGUACUCUGCACUAAUCUGUAAAUAUCAAUAUGAUAUCCAUUUAAUUACAUUAAAGCAUCGAGUCCUGAAAAUGAAUUUUAUGAUGGCAUUCAUGAUAUUUCAUUGUAGAAAGUGAGUUAAUAUUUUCUUGUGUAUAGCAAUCUCUUGUGAUGUAUAACAAUUCUUAUGCCAGGAAAUUCAUUUUGAAUACUGCAGUUCAUCUUUCCCAAAUAACAAUACUGGAAUGAAAAAACAAAGCAAGUGACAUUUUGUGAUUUCUUUUUUCAAAGAUUUUCCUUUUCAAAGACUUUUUUUUCCUGUUUCUCCUACCAGCCAUGGAGAUGCUGAAGGCAGCAAGUUAAAUAAAUAAAUACAGCUCUCCAUUGUUAGCAAAGCAUCUAUUGAAACUUCUGUAAUAUCAACUAGUGUAUUUUUCAUUUUUUUUUCUCCCCACUGUCUUGUCUUUUUUGAAAAUGCACCAUUAAUUUUAAGUUGUGACACUAUACUGUUCAUUCAUGAAACUGUAAAAAGUGUAAAAUAAGCACAACUGUGCAUCCAAAUCACUUGGCUUUCUGGACUAAUAAAGAGACUUCCAUAUUUGUAUAUGCCGGUAUCCUGCUCAAUGAUUAGUUUGUGGUGGACUUAGGAUUUUUGUCAAACAUCUGAAGUGAACUUUAAUGCCAUUUUAGCAAUUAAGUGCGAGCAGAAAGUGAACAAGCUUCUUCCAACGGAGUGGUGGACCAUCAGUUCUGGAUUUUAUUUCAAUGUAAAUUCUGUGAGGAUAAUUCUACAAAUCUGUCAGUAAAACGUCAAUGAGUUGGUUGAUUGAAAAUCAAUAAAGGGAGGUAAUAACUUUU